AUGACGACAGCAACGCACACGCAGCCGGCCGCGGCGGUCACGGCCACGGCCACGGCCACGGCCUCGACGACACCACGCGGCCAACGAGACUCCAUCAAGUCCACCUGGCGAACCAGAGACCGCAGCACCUGGACCUUUUCCCAAAAGCUCAUCGACUGGGUCGGCGUCCACCCCGUGUCCCUCGACCAGCCCGUCCCCCAGCACGCAAAGUCCGAAAAGGUGCCUCACCUGGGCCAGGUCUCGCAGCACAUCUGGAUCCUCGUCCACGGCUGCCUGCCCCUGGCCCUCCACCAGGCCGUCGUGUCCCUGACCGGGUGGCCCAUGGGCAGGCACGCCGCCUUCCACUUCUACAUGGUGCUCUUCAACGCCAUCGUCAUCCGCGAGGUGCGCGCGCUGCGCCGCCUCGGCCACCAGCACGGCUUCCUCGACGGCGACGCCCACGCGCGCGACGGCGUGCCCGACCACGGCGCCGCCAAGGUCGUCUGGUCGCUGUACAAGACCAUCGGCGCGCGGCUCGCCCUCAUGCUCUGGCUCACCUACGCGCCCUCGCAGCCGCCGCUCGCCGCCCUCUCCUCGUGGCGCUGGUGGGCGGCGCUGCCCCUGCAGACGGGCCUCUACGCCCUCGUCCUCGACUUCUGGUUCUACCUCUACCACCGCGCCAUGCACGACGUCCCCUUCCUCUGGCGCUUCCACCGCACCCAUCACCUCACCAAGCACCCCAACCCGCUGCUGUCGGCCUACGCCGACGAGGGCCAGGAGUUCUUCGACAUGGCUGUCAUCCCGCUGCUCGCCUAUGCCUCCCUCCGCGCCCUCGGCAUGCCCCUCGACUUCUACGCCUGGUGGAUGUGCCAGCAGUACGUCGUCUACACCGAGGUCUGGGGCCACAGCGGCGUCCGCGUCCAUCUUGCCGCCCCGUCAACCCUCAGCUGGCUGCUGACCGCCCUCGACAUGGAGCUCUGCGUUGAGGACCAUGACCUGCACCACCGCCGCGGCUGGCGCAGGAGCCAAAACUACGGCAAGCAGACGCGUGUCUGGGACCGCCUCUUCGGCACCUGCGGCGAGCGCCUCGAGUCGUACGACGACAACGUCGACUAUGUCAACCAGGCCUACAUGCCCAUCUUUUGA